ACGCUUACACACACACACACACACACACAUACACAUAUGCACACACACACACGUACAUAUGCACAUACACACACAUGCACAUACACGCACGCACAUAUGCACAUACACACACACACAUAUGCACAUACACAUACGCACAUAUGCACAUACACAUACGCACAUACACGCACACGCUCGGGCACACACAUCUUAUUAAUUAGUUAGAUAUGUUUUAAAUAAUAUAUAUUUUUAUAAUUAUAUUAUUUAAUUGCCUAUGAAGAUAGACCAGUACGUACCCUAUAUUACAUCACUCCGCUUUGGCCACACAAUAUUAUAUGCAUUAUUGGCCACACUCAAAUAUACUUACUUGGUUAUCUAACGAUCGUUAACAUGUUCAGAUUACGUUACGGAUACAAAAUUUUAUUUUAUUUUCAGACAAAAAUCGACAAUCGGCUUAAACACAUACUAGGUCUCCAUCCGUCGAACGAGCCUCAGCUGUACAAAACGGAACCAAGCAAACCGGAAUUCUUUACGCCCAGACACGAAAACAUAGAGACCAUGUUGGAAGACCACGUGUUCAAGAAGACUCAGAUAAGUCCGUCCCUGCCUUGUACGACAGUGUACGCUUAUAAACUACCGGACUUUUUUAAACACAAAGAAUGUACGUGUAACUUUUGUGAUGAUCCAAAAACUUUCGUAAUAGCUUGCACAACGUUCGGAUUAGAAUCGUCGAUGUACUACAGAGCGAAAGAGAUGGAGAUAGCGAGGAACUACUUUGAAGGCACCACAGAGAGCUUCGUCUACGCUGAAAAUAAAUUGAAGUCUUAUUUCAAGAGAUGUAGGGACGAUUCUCCCGGUUACAUAGUUGAUAUGGUCGAAAGGGAAGUCUAUAAUGAAUUUAAAAGAGUUCAAGUUGAAAUUUUCAUUGAAAUGGCGUUUUUUGAGUUAUCCCAGGGAGACCAUGGAAAAGCGGACGAUUGUAUAGUUAGAUUGCACGAAAUUCUACAGGAUAUGACCACGGCCGAUGAUUAUUUACGCAAUGAAGUAUUGAAUUUGAUGAUUGCUUCGGCGCAGCUGCGGAAAGCCGCUGUGAAACCGUUCGAAACCGGUUUGGAAGUGGAAAUGGACAGUCUGAAGCUGUCGCCGCGCGGUGAACCGCCGAAAACGCCGAUAAAUAAAGCCAAUUGCCCGCCUAAAAUAGUUAAAAACAUAGUCAAAGACGAAGAGUUACCGUCGGUCAAGCGUAAAGUGAUCAAGCUUAAUUUCGACGAGGUGAACGAUGAGAAGGAGCCGAAAAAACCGGUGAGGAAACGGUCGGAAUUCAAAAUACCGGUACCGGUCACUAUGAAGCCGGUUUUAGAAAAUAUCACGCCUAGGCCUAGGAGAAAACCGGAUAUACUAGUUACUAAACCAAGUGAUGACGUUAAAAUGACACCCACGGUGGAACAAACUGAGUUCUUCACGCCCAAUUCGACUCCCAGUGAAAGUUUCUUCACGCCGAUGACGUCAGUGAAAACAUACUCGAAGAAAUCUCUAAGAAGUACGAUAGUGAAAAAUUUGGAAGCGGAAUUCUCUACGCCGAAAGCUGACAAAGAAAAUUCGGCCCUAAAUACUGUUGAUAAGUUUUUAGAUGUGCCUAAACCUUCGGGUAGGGCUGCAAGGUCGAAAGUUGAUAAGAAAACUCUGAAAAGGGCCACCAGUCCUGGUAAAUUAAUUAAAGAAGUUAAACCGACUAGGUCGAGACUGAAGAAACCUACUAGUUUUAAGGUCCACGAAGACGAUGUAAAAUGAGAUUUAGUUAGGAUUAAAAAAGCAUUUUACUUAUGUACGACUGAUUUUGGGGCCAAAAUAUGUAUGAAUUUGAUAUGGAGCUAUUUUUCUUCUUUAUUUUAUUAAAAUAGACUAUAUGCCAUGUUGCUAAUAAAUAUUCAUUUAAAGUUCAUAAUAUAAAAUUAGUAAUACACACUUGUUUCCUUUUCGUAUAUUAUUAGUUUUAAAAGUAAAUGCGCUGAUAGAAUGACUUUAACAUAAUCUGGUAUUUAAUGUACUUUUAUAAUGUGAAUAAAAUUGUUUUAAAUAAUAUCGUUGCUUUAUUUAUUUGCAAUUAAAAUUACCUAUAUCCAAUCUAUACAACAAUUUUUUUUUUUAAUAGUGGGAAGGGUUAAGACAAAAUUUCGUCAUUUCAAACAUCACCCAGAGCGCUG